AUGUCGAGCCAGAAGGAAGUCGUUAAUACGGACGCUACGGCCCACAAGGAAACUGAUCACCGGGGGGCAGACCAUCACAAGGAGUUUGAAGGUAGGAAAGAUGGUAAAUCCGCCGAUGAGACAAGUGAUCUGGAAGUCCGCGACCCGGGAGUCGUCAACAAGACCGCGCCUUUGGCUCGGGACUUGAAGGGUCGUCAUAUGCAGAUGAUAGCAAUAGGUGAGUCGAGAGUACACAUCUUCGCUUCACAUACUCAAAAUAUGCUACAGGUGGCUCGAUUGGUGCCGGUUUGUUCGUGGGAAGUGGAGGUGCUUUGAGUACUGGCGGACCCGGUUCACUCGUUUGUCAAACCCCUACGCUCCAGCUAGAUUGGGAAGCUAAUUAUGAUUCGAAGUUUUGGGCUACAUCAUUGUGGGAUCGAUGCUCUUGUGUACUGUCCAGGCUCUGGGUGAACUGGCGGUCUUGUACCCAGUUAAUGGCGCGUUUUUCACUUACAUGGUCCGUUUUGUGGAUCCUGCGUUGUAAGACAUCCCUUUUGUUGUUUUUUCAAAUGCGCCCGUUUGGUUCGAGAACCUUAGAGGUAUUCAUGUGCGGUGAUAUAAAAGUUGAACAAGAAGACAUCGAGGAUCUUCUAGAGAGCUCAACAUCUUGGACCCUUCUCGAAGGAUCUUCGUAUUUGUUCUACAACCUCCAAAGCGAAAUAUUAGCUCAACUAAUCCUAAGCCCCUCACCCCAUCUCUUAUCAUAGCUGAUUCCACCCAUCUCAAACGGGUACUAACACAAACCACAGCGGAUUCGCAGUAGGUUGGGACUACGCCAUCGGAUGGCUAACAGGUGACCAAACCCCCAUCAUCUCCCAUCCCAAACCCAUUACUAACAAUCGACCUCAUAGUUCUCCCAUUCGAGCUCGUCGCAGCAGGUAUAACCAUUCGAUUCUGGCGCGAAGACCUCAGUAUUGGUAUUUGGGUCGCGGUUUUUCUCGUCAUCCUAGCUGUAAUUCAAUUCUGGGGCGUUCGGGGAUACGGAGAAGGUUUGAAUAUACCAGUCAUAAUCAUAGCGAAGGAAUAUGCUGACAUAUGUUAGUGGAAUUUGUGUUCAGUGUUAUCAAGUUAUGUGGUUGUAUUGGUUUUAUUAUUUUUGGAACUGUUGUGGCUUGUGGAGGUGUUGGGGAUCAGGGAUAUCUUGGUGCGAAGUAUUGUAAGUGGCUCGCUCGUACCCUUUUACUUGUUUUGCCGAAUUCUUUUUUGUAUAUGGGCUGCUCAGAAUGAGAGUUACGAGCAGCAGCGAGAGUUUUCUUGCUCAUUGAUAGCAUAAUUUCAGUGGUAAUUAUAGACGUCUGGAGGCUUGAGGUUCAGUCUAGAUUACUAUCUGAAAUUGUGCUAUACAUUGAGCGUACUGAGGGCGAAGCACGAAGAGAUGAUGUAUAUGCAGAGAUGAGAUUGGCAAUACGGUGACUCAAGCCGCGAGAAGGGGAAUGUGAUUAUAUAAUGCAGCCAGUUUGGGGGGAAAGGGAGGGGUUGCUUUCAAUAUCCCUCGCACGGGUGUGAUGAAGGUUAUUCUCUAGGUCUCGGUUGAAGAAAACAAAAAUAGGAACCUGCUAACAUUCAAGCAGGGCACAACCCAGGAGCCUUUGCCAAUGGUUUCAAGGGAUUCUGUUCAGUCUUCGUCGUCAGUGCCUUCUCAUUCGGAGGCACAGGUAAGAUCUCCACACUCUCGCUUAUUUUCCUCCCCUUAACACUUCUCAAUUCCCAACCCACUAACACCAUCACCACCAGAACUCAUAGGCCUCACCGCAGCCGAAGCAUCCAACCCGGCAAAAAGCCUCCCCCAAGCCACCAAGCAAGUAUUCUGGCGCAUCGCCUUCUUCUACAUCGUCUCCCUCUUCAUCCUCGGCCUCAUCGUCCCCUACACCAACGAAAACCUCCUCAACUCCUCAGGCGCCAACUCCAAAUACAGCCCCUUCGUGAUCGCCAUCCGGCUCACUGGCGUCAAGGCCCUCCCCUCAAUCUUCAACGUAAUCAUCACCGUCUCCAUCAGCGUCGCAAACUCGUGUGCCUUCGGCUCCACACGCACCAUGCAAGCGCUCGCGGAGCGCGGCAUGGCACCCAAGUUCUUGGGGUACGUGGAUUCGAAAGGACGACCUCUCUGGGUGCCCUGCUACAGAUAGGAUUUGGAUUGCUGGCGUUCAUUGGACUGUCGAAUCGUCAGACGAUUGUGUUUAAUUGGCUUCUGGCACUUUCGGGACUUUCCUUCUUCUUUGUGUGGGGUGCGAUUUGUCUUUCUCAUAUUAGAUUUCGACAUGCCUGGAAGGUUCAGGGACAUCUGAAGGCGGAAUUGCCUUAUGAGGCGAUGUUUAGGGUGGGGGGUUCUUGGUAUGGGUUGAUACUUUGUUGUCUUUGUAUGAUUGCGACGUUUUAUGUUGCGCUUUUUGUGAGUCUUCAUUCCCACGGGGGGUUCUUGUCUAUUCUGUGUAAAUGACUAAAACCUGUAUAGCCCAUUGGCGGAAGCCCAGACGCUGAAGCGUUCUUCACGCAAUAUCUUGUAAGUCAAAGCCCUCACCAUUCCUUCCCAUUCUUCCCAUUCUUCACUUCGAGUGUUCUCCAGUUAUCUUGUAACGUUCCAAUCCAAAAACCUUCAAGCUCAAGUUGCACUAACCACUCAUAUAUUUAAAAUGGGCAGCUCCAAUCAUCAUAGUCUUAUACUUCGGAUGGAAGAUCUACGCACGCGAUUGGCGAUUCUGGAUUUCCGCUCAUGAAAUGGACAUUACGUUUGGCAGAAGAUCAAUAGUUUUGGAUCCUAAUAACAUGCCUCCGAAGAAGACAUGGAGGAAUGCCCCUAGGUGGGCUCUAAGAGCGCUUUUCUAG